UUGUGGCUGUUGGUUGCGGUUGCUCCAGAAGAGGGCAGUAAUGUGUGUGUUUAGCUAGCUGUUGCUAACUUUAAGCUGUGUCUAAUUCAACAAAUGUUCACAGCCAGUCCAGCUAAAGUUUGUUAAAUCUAGCUGAAGGGAUUUGCAUGGUCGUAUUUCACCGGAUUUGACCUUGAACGCAACACCGAGCUGCCCUCUGUCAGGUCAGUUGAACUUUGACACACUGAGCGGUGCAGUGCAUUGAGCCUGUUUGCAGGCACAGGAGACUCUUUCUGGGUUAUUGGUUCAUUGCACAACAGUUACACAUUUAAAUUAAAGCGUAGUUACUGCGAACAAAAAUAAGACCCGAAGAUGACCUCCAAGAAAGUGAUCGAGUUGUUCUACGAUGUGGUUUCUCCGUACUCCUGGCUCGGCUUUGAGAUCAUGUGUCGCUACAGGAACGUGUGGAACAUAGAGCUCAAACUGCGCCCUGCAUUUCUGGGUGGCAUCAUGCAAGGAUCAGGCAACAAACCUCCAGGUCUGGUUCCAAACAAAUUCAUGUACAUGACCAAGGAUCUGAACCGCUUGGCUCAGUAUUUUGAUGUUCCCCUGCAGCCUCCGUCUGAUCCCUUCGAGGCCAUGUUCAAAAAAGGCUCCCUGUCUGCAAUGCGAUUUGUGGCAGCCGUACAAGAGAGGGAAAAGGGCGGAGACAAACAGGUGGAGCAGGUGUCCCGGGAGCUGUGGAGAAGGAUCUGGAGUGAAGACAAAGACAUCACAGAACCCGCAUCACUGUCUGAGGCAGCGAAGAAAGCGGGCCUGUCUGACGGUGCGAUUAAAGAGGUGCUGCAGAUGUCCACCUCAAAGGAGAUCAAAGACAAGCUGAAAAGCACAACACAGGAUGCACUUGAUAUUGGGGCGUUUGGCUUCCCCCUGGUGGUUUGUCAUGUUGAUGGAAAGCCAGAGAUGUUUUUUGGAUCUGACAGAUUCGAGCUGAUGGCCCACUGCAUUGGAGAGAAGUGGCUGGGGCCUCAUCCUGGCAAAUCAGCUGCCAAGCUUUGAGACGGAAGCUGCCAAUUAUCUCAAUUUAAUGAUGUCUUUCAUUUUCUCUAAUACUAAUACUCUAAUUUGUAUGCUGUGCCUCAUUAACAAAUAUAACAUGUAAAUAAUCUAACAUACCACUGAACUGUUCAAUAUGUGCCAAUUAAAAAAGAGUGACAAAU